AUGCCUGUCCAACCAAUUGACCCUGUGUCGGACCCUCGUGUCGAACACAAGACUGCGAAGCUUAAUGGACAAACAUACCAUUACCUAUAUGCGGUACCAAAGUCUGGCGAGUAUACGCAUACCGUAUUUCUGAUUCAUGGUUGGCCCGAUCUAUCGUUGGGAUGGAGGUAUCAGAUCCCUUUCUUAGUCGACAUGGGGAUGCGGGUUGUUGCGCCGGACAUGAUGGGAUAUGGUGGCACGGAUGCUCCCAAAGUUCCGCCAAACUCCAUCAAGCUGUAUGGACUCAAGAGAGCAUCAGAUGACAUUGCUGCACUGGCUAAAGAAGUCAAUGCGCCGCAGAUCAUUCUUGGUGGUCAUGACUGGGGAGGUUUUGUCGUCUGGCGGGCUGCUCAAUGGUACCCCAAGCUCAUUACACACGUCUUUUCAAUUUGCACACCAUACACUGCUCCUUCCGACAAGUACUUCUCCACCGAAGAUCUGGUCAAAGGCCCAUUACCCCAAUUCGCUUACCAGAUUCAUCUCGCUUCGGGCGAAGUGGAAAAGAGCGUCAACGAUGAGCAGUCGAUCAGACAAUUUCUGAGUGGCAUGUAUGGGGCCAAGGGACCAAACGGCGAGGUCACGUUUGUUCCCGAGAAGGGGAUACUGGUCGAAAACUUGCCAAAGAUCGGUGAGAGCAAGAUUCUGAAUGGAAAGUACCUAGACUACUACGUCAAGCAGUAUCUCAACCACGGGAUCCACCCCACAUUGAACUGGUAUCGCCAACGCCGCACGAACUGGGAAGAAGACCAAGCGCUGCUCGACAAGAAAAUAAUCAGUCAGCCCGUCCUCUUCAUCCAAGCCACGCAUGACGGCGUGCUGAAGCCCGCAAUGGCAAAGAGCAUGGACAAUUUCAUUCCUAAGCUUACGAAAGGAGAAGUGGAGGCUGCGCAUUGGGCGUUGAUCCAGAAGCCAGAGGAGACGAAUGCUAUUAUCCGCCAAUGGCUUGAGGCGGAGGGGUUGGUGGUGAAGAAGAAGCGGGAGAGUAGCCUGUAG